CGAUGACGUAAAGCUGGUAUAAGGAACGUGCAUUUGUUCCUCUGUAUCAAUAAGUACAAUUCGCCGGCACAAUACGACGUACCUUAUAACUGAGUGGUUUCAUUAAAUAUCUGAAAGUCGGUUACCUGGAACAGAGUCAGCUUUCGCUUGCAAAUGUAUUUGCUAAUUUUAAAUGUAACUAAAUAAGAGCGGAGUUAAAAGUAUUUGCAGUCGGCUACAAAUCUUGAUGCAAAUUUACCUGGAGCAAAUUGUAUAGCCCGAAUGUGCCAUGGCCGUCGCGGGGAAGAUGGAAAUCCAUGAUUUCAAACAAUGAUAAUGUCAAUACAAAGUAUUUCAAGUUGUAUCUGACAAGAUCAUAGGAAGACGAGGUAUUCUUGCUGAAAUGGAAAAAAAUCUAUAAUUUCAGCCAGAGAAAAUGAUAAAUUGAGGGUGUGUGAAGACUGCCCACCCCCUCAGAAAGCGAAAUGGUGAAGACCCGGAACUAGCUCCCGAUCUACCUGAGCCUUGCUCCAGGUCACGAAUUGGGGAGUUUGCAGCAAAUCAGCUGCGUAGAAUGGCCGCUUCUCUUCGCAUCCCUCAAAAUGAACUGUCCGAAAUAGACAUUUCCAAUGGAAAUUGUCCCGAAGGAGAGAAUGCCGCCUUCCCGUCAGACGGGAUGUCCGGGUUCCAGCACUGGAUGCAGAUUGCCGAUUCCCAGAGAACAGCCCAAGGCCCCUUUCUGCUAAAGGACAGCGCAAACAUUCCACCAAUUCCGGUGUCAUCCUCGAUGUUACUGCCAACGCAACACUGGACGAAAGGGACGAUCGCGGCGGAAAAAGCGGCGGGAUCCCACAUUGAAAAUCGGGGUAGGGAAUACCAGUUUGGAACAGCAAGUAUCGCUUGCAAGAGAACUUCUUCCAUCGUGGACUGUCUGCUGACCGAACUCUAUGACUCCUGCGCCUACAGCAGUAGAAGCAUUGACAGUGUGGAUAGUUCGACGGAGACCUCCAGCUCCGAUGCUUUUCUGGGAAGGAGUAAUUCUGGAUCGAUGUUCCUGCAGGAAUUUCAGGAACAGUACACUGCAAAACAUCAGAUGCAGUAUCUGGCGCAAAAAGAUGUAGAUGAGCUGAAGCGAAUUGUAGAAGAGCUAAAAUACAGAAUUGCUGUGCAAUCUGCAAAGCUGGUUCGUCAGUUAAGGAGAAAAGACAAUCUUUCACAUAAACUACAGAAGAACAGCGAUAUUGUGACAGCAUGUUUGCAAGCAGUUUCACAGAAAAGGCGAGUUGAUACAAAGCUGAAAUUUACAAUCCAACCAUCUCUGAACAAGCAUGGGUUUCAGCAGUGGUAUGAUGCUCUGAAAGCUGUUGCUAGGUUACCAACGGGAAUUCCAAAGGAUUGGAGGAAAAGGGUUUGGCUGACUCUAGCAGAUCAGUACUUGCACAGCAUCUCAAUUGACUGGGAGAAGACUAUGCGUUUUGCUUUUAAUGAUAGGAGCAACCCUGAUGAUGAUUCUAUGGGCAUUCAAAUAGUGAAGGAUCUUCACAGAACAGGCUGCAGUUCUUAUUGCGGGCAGGAGGCUGAGCAGGAUCGUGUGAUGCUGAAGCGCGUCCUUCUUGCAUAUGCUCGCUGGAACAAAUUUGUAGGCUAUUGCCAAGGUUUCAAUGUACUUGCUGCACUCAUUUUGGAAGUAAUGGAAGGGAAUGAAGGAGAUGCACUGAAGGUAAUGAUUUACUUGAUUGACAAAGUACUUCCUGAGAGUUAUUUUGCCAAUAAUCUACGUGCAUUAUCAGUGGAUAUGGCUGUCUUUCGAGAUCUUCUGCGGAUAAAACUGCCUGAGCUUUCGCAAUACCUUGAUAAUCUCCAAAAAGGUGCCAACAAGGAAAGUGCAGGUAGUUAUGAGCCUCCCCUGACCAAUGUGUUCACCAUGCAGUGGUUCCUAACUUUGUUUGCUACAUGCCUUCCUAAUCACACUGUGCUACGAAUCUGGGACUCUGUGUUCUUUGAAGGAUCUGAGGUGAUCCUACGAGUAGCCCUGGCAAUCUGGGCGAAACUUGGAGAAAGAAUCGAAAGCUGCCAAAGUGCAGACGAAUUCUACAGCACCAUGGGAAAAUUGACUCAAGAGAUGCUGGAGGAUAGCCUGAUUGAUUGUAAUGAGCUGAUGCAGACUCUUUAUUCAAUGGCACCUUUUCCCUUUCCACAACUGGCUGAACUGAGAGAGAAAUACACUUACAAUAUCAAUCCAUUUCCAGCCCCUGUGAAGUCAUCUGAAUCACAACAGAAUAUCUGUAAAACAAAAGACAGUGAUGAAGAGAUAGAUUUGGAUGAUGAAGAUAUAAUAGCUUCUGCAGUCGGCUGUCUGGGACCAUUCAGUCUUCUCGUACCAGAAUUGCAGAAGUAUCAGAAACAAGUCAAAGAUCAGCAGGAUGAGCAAAUCCUGAAAUCAAGCAACAUAGCAGAGCUCAGCCCCGGGGCUAUCGAUGCAAGCCGCAGUGAGCACCAUUCUGUCUUUAACAGCAUGAUGAUGGAACGUAUGACAACUGACAUCAACGCACUGAAGCGACAGUAUAUUCGGAUAAAGAAGAAACAGCAGCAACAGCAGGCCCAUCUCAUCUUUAUCAAAGCAGGAAUAGAAGAUGAAAUUAAUCCUGGGAUCAUCCCAGAUCCCAGAGACAAGUUGAAUAAUGCUAUUGGAAGAAGUGAAGGGCCUGCCACCACCAUUUUGCCAUCACAGAUCAAUCAAACUCCAAUGAUGAAUCACUUGCUUCUUGGGAAGAAACUGAGAGCGACUAACAGGAUCACCAGGAAUGCUGUUAUUCAUGUGCCUGGGGCAAAAACCUCACAAGAUGACAUAAAGUCAAAGCUCAACUCACCAUGGCGCACUCACAUUCGAGUUCACCGGAAAAACCUAGCAAGGACCAAGAACCAGCUGAGCUACAGUGAUACCAUCGGACUAAUGGAGGAACAGAGCGACAUUACUAAAGAAAAAAUUAAUAAACCAGUGGAGGAAUCAUCCCUUAGCUCUACAGAAAGUACAGAAGCUGAUAGCAAAAGCAUUGAGGACCGAAUAUUGGCACAAGCAGAUGGACAAUCAUCUGAAUUAGUUUACAGGGAUGCUAAUGACAAUGUGAACGUGAUUCAGCACCAGCUAAAAAGACUAGACUUAAACCAGAGUGACACAACUGCAGCCGAGCCACCCAGUCCAUCACCGAGCCAGGGGCACUCAUCUGAUUCUUCAGAUUCUGAAAAAGGAAUUUCAGACCUAGGGCACAGAACUAGCACUUUGAAGAUUCAGCCAUUCAGCCCUUUUCCUAGUGUUAAACCUCCCAGAAAAUCAGCAGCAGCAAGAAAUUUAGGAUUGUAUGGGCCAACUGAGAGGACCCCAACGGUCCAUUUUCCCCAUAUGAACAAAAGUGUUAAGGGCAAACCAACGGGGACCAGGAAAGAAUGAUUAAGUUAGAGUAAUUCUGUAACAACCAUUUUGUUAUAAUUUAUUCUUAAAUUAAGAUCUUUAAAAACAUUUUAUAUCAUGUGCAACAUUAGAAGACCUACCCAUUGUAAAUAACAGUUUUAAAAAUAAGUGGUUUAACUAUCUAAGGUCAACUUCUAAAGUAUUGCUGUAUUAAAUGUGUUUUCCAGAAAGUGAAGACCAACACUAAAUGCACCAUGAUACAAAAUUUACGGACAACUGAAGGAAAACAAAACAAAGCACUAAAGGCAAUGUAAUAUAAAAAGAUCUAGAAUUCUUCAAAAUUGCUGUCUAUUGCUAUUGUAUAAUGUGAUAAUAAAAAGUACUGUUUACAAUUUCA